UGCAGUACAGCUAAGACAAGAUUGUACGGAUUUAGCAAAAGUCUGUGACUUGAACGACAAAAUCUAAACAGUUUAGUUCAGUUUAUAUCCGCUUGGUUUAGAUAAGUGAUAGUUGAAUCACUAAAAUCGGAGAAAUCGUAAAUGUUGUAAAAAAAAGUGAUAUUAAUAUACUUCUCGGUGAUCAGCUACAUUCAACGACAACAAAAUCGUUCCUUUUUUUUUUAAAAGUUUUGACUAUUAUAAGUGUAAACCAGCAUUAUGUCGGAUAUAGAUAAUAUAUUGACAAGUUUACAGCGUUUUUCAUGGCUGGACUAUGUCGUGUUCAUAGCUAUGUUUGUGAUGUGCAUUUUAAUUGGAAUUUAUUUCGGUUUUAUGAAAAAGUCCCUUUCGGAAUCGGACUACCUAAUGGGUGGUCGUAAUAUGCUCGUAUUGCCUAUAGCUUUAUCACUUGUGGCUAGUUUUGUAUCAGGUAUAACACUACUAGGAUUACCCACAGAAGUCUAUUCAUAUGGCAUACAAUAUACGUAUGUUGCACUUGGUGUACUUGCUAUGGGAGUCGUGAUGGGUGUGUUCUACCUACCUGUUUUUCAUAAUUUGAGUAUUACAUCCACGUAUGAGUAUCUGGAAAGUCGCUUUGACAGACGUUCACGAAUGUUUGGUUCGGUUAUGUUUACCAUAAUGAAUAUUGGUUACUUGCCGAUUGUUAUAUAUGUACCAGCUCUGGCUUUCAAUCAAGUUACGGGCGUGGCGGUUCAUACAAUAACACCUAUUGUAUGCAUCAUUUGUGUUUUCUAUACUAGUUUAGGCGGUAUUAAAGCAGUCGUAUGGACUGAUGUUGUACAAACGAUUUCAAUGAUUGGAGCAUUGGUAUUAGUGGCUGUUAAGGGUAGUCUGGAUAUCGGAGGAGCUGGUGUCGUGAUCAAAGAGGCUUGGAAUUCAGGACGCAUUGAAGCGCCGGAUCUCGAUUUAAAUCCAACAGUGCGACAUACACUUUGGUCUCAGCUAAUAGGAGGUGUCGUCUAUUGGACGCAAACUAAUGCUGUGUCACAAAACAUGAUACAACGGUAUUUGUCGUUACCUACAUUAAAGUCCGCUAGACAUGCGUUAUGUAUUUUUUGUGGUGGGGUUCUCUUGCUAAUGUCGCUUUGUGCCUAUAACGGUCUGCUUAUAUAUGCAACAUAUAAGGAUUGCGAUCCGUUGACGACUAAGUUAGCCAAGGCUCGUGACCAAUUGUUGCCGCUUUUUGUUAUGGAUACUUUAGGCGAGUUACCAGGUUUGACAGGACUCUUUAUUGCAGGCGUCUUUAGUGCGGCUUUGAGUUCUUUAUCCACAUGCUUGAAUUCCAUGUCUGCAGUGGUUUUGGAGGAUUUCGUUAAACCAUUUGUAAAGAAACCACUUUCAGAGAAAGCGAUCAAUUGGAUUAUGCGUUUGGUUGUAGUGGGUGUAGGUGCACUCUGUGUUGCUUUGGUGUAUGUGGUUGAGCAUAUGGGAACUGUUUUACAAUUAACAAUGAGCUUAGAGGCUAUCACAAACGGACCUCUAUUUGGCAUAUUUACAAUUGGUAUAUUUAUGCCUUGGAUAAAUGGCAAUGUAAGU